AAAUGAAAAAGCACUCCCAAGUCCCAACCAAUCCAAUGUAGAGGACAUUCACUCGUAUUAAUAUUGUUCCAAACUCCCAAGUCCCAACCUUCUCUCCCUGUCUUUGCUUCUGCAAUUACUCCCACUCUGGAAAUGGGUUCGCUACCCGAUUUAGACACUCUCCCCCCUCUGAGCUCGAGGAUUUCAACGGUGGUUCCAGCAACCCCUCGAGAAGAUGAAAACGGUGCGUUUCAACUCAACUACAUGGACCUCCUCGUGAAGCUCCAUUACAUACGACCCGUUUUCUUCUUCACUUCCGAAGCCGUUCAAGGCCUCUCAAUCUCCGACUUGAAGAAACCCAUGUUCCCGCUUCUCGACCCGUAUUACCACGUUUCGGGUCGGGUCAGAAGAUCCGAAUCCGGACGCCCCUUUAUUAAGUGCAACGACGCCGGUGUUCGCAUCGCUGAGUCGCACUGCGACAGAACCCUCGAAGAAUGGUUCCGUGAAAACGGAAACGGCGCCGUUGAAGGACUUGUCCAUGAUCACGUGCUUGGACCUGAUCUUGCCUUUUCUCCUCUCGUUUUCGUCAAGUUCACUUGGUUCAAAUGUGGAGGAUUAUCCGUGGGAUUAAGCUGGGCUCACGUUCUUGGAGAUGCCUUUUCUGCAUUUAAUUUCCUGUCCAAGUGGAGUCAAAUACUAGCAGGUCAAGCUCCACCAAAAUCUCUUCAUGUGUCAAGUUUCCCUGAACCCAAAAUCUCACAUAAUUCCAUUGUUGAUGACCCUCCAGUUUCCAUUAAAAAGACAAAUAUUCUUGGAGAGUAUUGGCUCGCUACUAAUUACCACGAUGUGGCUACUCACUCUUUUCACAUCACUUCCAAACAACUUCACCAUUUGGUAACAGCCACAUUUAAUCAAACCAAUGACAAUACCAAUAAGGCCAAGACCACCACCUAUUUUGAAAUUAUUUCAGCAUUACUUUGGAAGUGUAUAGCAAACAUAAGGGGCCAAAAAAUUGGACCAAAUGUUGUGACUAUAUGUACUAGUGAAUCUAAUCGUGCAGAAAACGAAUUCCCCACCAAUGGCUUCUUAGUGUUAAGCAAAAUUGAAGCAGAUUUUUCGACUGGGAAAUAUGAAAUUUCAGAAUUGGUGAAGCUGAUUGCUGAGAACAAGAUGGUUGAGAACCAUGUAAUGGAAAAAUUGGUGGAGGCAGAUGAAGGGAAAGAGGAUUUUAUAGUUUAUGGGGUAAACUUGACGUUUGUGAAUUUGGAAGAAGCUAAUAUUUAUGAUGGGAUGAAUCUGAAUGGACAGAAACCAAUUAUGGCAAAUUGUACAUUUCGUGGGGUGAGUGAUAAAGGGGUUGUUUUGGUUCUUCCAGCACCAGAAGAUGACGAAGAUGGUGGUAAUGGAAGGAUUGUUACUGUUUCUUUGCCUCGUGAAGAACUAUAUCAGCUGAAAGAUAAGCUAGGAGGAGAAUGGGGCAUACACUAAUUGUUCGUGUCCGUGUUUUUUUAUUUUUGGAAGCAAAACUGGUUUAAGUCGUGUGGAUUGUUUUUCAUCUAUUUGUUAUUGCAUUUAGUAUGUUUGCCGGUAAUAAAAUACUAAUGAUUUGGUUAUCCACUGUCUUACACGGAAUUGGACUGGAUAAAAAAAGCAUUUGUAAAAAUUAUAUUGAUCAUUUUUUAUGUAUUAGCUCAGACAACUAUUUACUAA